AUGGUACUUUCACUCAUAACCCUGGCGGCCACCGUGCCAUUACUCGCAACAUCGACAAUGCAGUUGUCUGAGCAAGCACAAAGCACCUCCACCCGCGCCGAAGAAGAGAUCAAGACCGAGAAAUGCCAUUUUCUUGCUCGGGCAUCCCCCAGAAUGAGCGAGAAAAGACGACAGCAAUUCGCAGACAUGAUUCUGGUCUUGAGAGGCGGCCGCGUCUUCCUCCGUCACAAGGACUACGCCGACCAUCAUCCUGUGACUGGGUACUUCCUACCGUUUCCCGAACAGUCACACGAAGGCUUGGUCACUACGAUCAAUGAGGAGAACUUCCUCAAUUGGAUCUAUAUUGGCUCGUCGACAUACCGAGUCAAGCAUGGGAUUCGAGUAGAAGCCCAAGCGCAACUCACAGGUCCAAUGGAUCUUGUUUUCUCGAAAUCCGGGGAGAAAAGGCUCUCCUUCGAAGGCUGGGAGGGCUUUGUCGCAGUCGAGGAGGAGGCAGAUCAAUGGGCUUUAUACUUCGAUAAGGAUGACAAUGGUCUGAAAGAAAAGACAAAAGGCAGACCUGUCGUCGAGCUUGAGUUGGUUAGAAUGGAUCUGGACGAAUACAAACCAAAACAGACGACUCAGGACGAGACCAACUCGAGUUGA